UACAAAUGGAGCUCAACUACAGUGCAAAUUCAGCUGUCAGUAUUUUUCAGGAUUUCUAUAUCUACACGAAUGCAAAGUUUAACUGAACAGUAUUUUUAGCUCUGUGAAUGAUAAAUACAGGUCAAAUACUAAAACGCACUAAGACAAAGGAACACACACACACACACACAAGGGUUGUUUGGUGUCGGUUAGCUUAGCUAUCAUGGCAAGUGCCGCGAAUCCAAACAUGAACGCUGUCCGGGAAACGAUGGAUGUUCUGCUGGAGAUUUCAAGACUUCUGAACACUGGUCUGGACAUGGAAUCGUUAUCCAUAUGUGUCCGUCUAUGUGAGCAGGGCAUAAAUCCUGAAGCUCUUUCAUCAGUCAUAAAGGAGCUACGCAGAGCCACAGACACACUUAAGGCCUCUGAAAACAGCACAAGUCAAGGAUAACCAGACUAAUCCUGAACAUCUUUAAUUAAAAAUACAUUGAAUUUUUUUUUUUUUUUUUUCAAAGAUUGGUUUAUUUAUUUAUUGAUUGCAUUACGCUUCCUCUCUACCGAUGCUGAUCUCCACUCUGACUGAGGAGAGCCAUGACUAACACACGCCCCCUACGACACGUGUGCAGUAGCCGACUGCAUCUUUUCACCUGUAUGAGGCGGGUUUAUAUGAGGAUCAGCUUUGUGUACGGAGAGUCACACCCUGAUCAACACAUUAUUCCUUGACUUUGUGCAGGCAUCAUUAACCAGCCAGCAGAGGUCAUAAUUGCAUCAGGUAUGAGGUCCUGGCUCCGGUUCUCACCCUGUAUGAAGAACAGCCAAUCGUUGCUCGUGUAGCCGCCCAACCGUCGAGUUCAAAAUGUCAGCUCUGGUGUGCUAGUGUGUUUUAUCGCUAUGCCACAAGACAUACGUGUUUGUGCCCUGUUUCUACAUGCACAUGUGUUGAGGAGAGAAGUGUUUUGCAUUAGUGGUCAACAAACCACAGUUUCAUUUUGGCUUUCACUUUUUCCAAGUUUGUCAAGUCCACUAUAUCUGAUUUCUCUGUGUUUUUAAUGAUACUUUAGUUUGUCUGUGUGUAUGUGGUCUAUUAAUAUACUUAGUGUCCUUGUAUAUAACCAUUGUUUUAUACUGGUCAAAAGAUGAUUGUGCAUAAACUUUUUUUUCUUUUGAAAUAAGUAAAAUGUAUUGUAUUCACCGGACUCUUGUGUCAUUUUGAAAUAUAAAAUGUAAGUUUUUAUUCUGCCUGCCUGCUCAGGGAACCAGCAUAAAUGUUCUACUGGUAACAGCAAUCAGAUGCUGAUGCACGUAAUUUUAAUAAUAACACCUCUGGAGGCUCUUACAUGAUUUUAUAUUAAAAAAGCAGCAUGAAAAGUAAUUACUUGUAAAGCAAUAAACA